AUGAGCAUUGUUGUUGAUAGAUUGAAGGUAGGUGUUGUCGAUGAGAUAAAGAUGAGUAUAAGCAUUGUUGAUAAGAUGAAGGUGAGUGUGAGUGUUGUCAAUGAGAUGAAGGUAGAUAUUGUCGAUAAGAUAAAGGCGAGGAUAAAUGUUGUUAAUGAAAUAAAGGUGAGUGUGAGUGUUGUUGAUAAAAUGAAA